GGCCGGGCUGGGCCGAGCGGGGCUGGGCUGGGCAGGGCUGGGCAGGGCAGGGCAGCGCCGCCGCCGCGAUGGAGCCCGACUCGGUCAUCGAGGACAAGACCAUCGAGCUCAUGACAAGUCUGAGAAGGAAAACCCAUUCGAAUCCCCUUUCAUUCUGGAUUGGUGGAUCUGAAGCCCAGAAACAAAGUUUCAGUGUUCUGUGCCAAGGUCUUUGUGGCUAGGCUGCUCCAACCUGGUAGAGAGCAUGUGCGCACUGAGAUGCCUGCAGAGCAUGCCCAGUGUCAGAUGUCUCCAGAACACGUCAGUAAUGGAGGAUCAGAAUGAAGAUGAGUCUCCAAAGAAAAAUACCCUGUGGCAGAUAAGUAAUGGAACUUCAUCUGUGAUUGUCUCAAGAAAAAGACCAUCGGAAGGAAACUACGAAAAGGAAAAAGACUUGUGUAUAAAAUAUUUUGACCAGUGGUCUGAAUCAGAUCAAGUGGAAUUUGUGGAACACCUUAUUUCCCGAAUGUGUCACUAUCAGCAUGGACAUAUUAACUCUUACUUGAAGCCCAUGUUACAGCGGGACUUCAUCACUGCGCUGCCAGAGCAAGGCUUAGAUCACAUAGCAGAGAACAUCCUUUCCUAUCUCGAUGCCAGAUCCCUCUGUGCAGCAGAGCUGGUGUGUAAGGAGUGGCAGAGGGUCAUCUCGGAGGGAAUGCUCUGGAAGAAGCUCAUCGAGAGGAUGGUACGCACGGACCCGCUGUGGAAGGGGCUGUCAGAGAGGAGGGGCUGGGAUCAGUACCUGUUUAAAAACAGACCAACAGAUGGGCCUCCCAACUCAUUUUACAGGUCCUUAUACCCAAAGAUAAUCCAGGAUAUAGAGACCAUAGAAUCCAACUGGCGGUGUGGGCGACACAAUCUGCAGAGGAUCCAGUGCCGCUCCGAGAACAGCAAAGGGGUCUACUGUUUACAGUAUGAUGAUGAGAAGAUCAUCAGUGGCCUACGAGACAACUCCAUCAAGAUUUGGGACAAAACAAGCUUGGAAUGUUUAAAAGUAUUAACGGGACAUACUGGCUCAGUUCUUUGUCUGCAAUAUGAUGAAAGAGUCAUUGUAACUGGAUCUUCAGAUUCUACAGUGAGGGUUUGGGAUGUCAAUACAGGUGAAGUUCUGAACACGCUGAUCCAUCACAACGAGGCAGUGCUUCAUCUGAGGUUCAGUAAUGGCCUGAUGGUGACGUGCUCCAAGGACAGAUCCAUCGCCGUGUGGGACAUGGCCUCACCCACCGACAUCACCCUGCGCCGGGUCCUGGUCGGCCACCGCGCUGCCGUCAACGUGGUGGACUUCGAUGACAAGUACAUUGUGUCAGCGUCAGGGGACAGGACCAUCAAAGUCUGGAGCACGAGCACGUGUGAGUUUGUGCGGACUCUGAACGGGCACAAGCGCGGCAUCGCCUGCCUGCAGUACCGGGACCGGCUGGUGGUCAGUGGAUCCUCAGACAACACCAUCAGGCUCUGGGACAUCGAAUGUGGUGCCUGUUUAAGGGUAUUAGAAGGCCACGAAGAGCUGGUUCGAUGCAUCAGGUUCGACAACAAGAGGAUUGUUAGUGGAGCCUACGAUGGUAAAAUUAAAGUUUGGGACUUGCAAGCUGCUCUUGACCCUCGUGCCCCAGCAAGUACAUUAUGCCUGCGUACGUUAGUGGAACAUUCAGGACGUGUCUUUAGGCUCCAGUUUGAUGAAUUUCAGAUCAUUAGUAGUUCCCAUGAUGAUACAAUUCUGAUUUGGGAUUUCUUAAAUGUGCCACCGAGUGCCCAGAAUGAGACCCGCUCUCCAUCUAGAACAUAUACUUACAUCUCCAGAUAACAGUCUGCACUUUACUGCCCUCAUAAGGGUUCCACAGUCUUGAACUACUGGAUUUUUGGCUACUACAUGCCUGAAGAUGUUGAUUGACAGCUAAAGUCAGAAUUGGUUCUAGAUGCUGUGUAGUUGCAAAGCAGCACAAUUCUAUAUCUAAAUUUCUUAAUCUUCCCUGCUCUCAGUGGUCGUCUUUGAAUUUGCUACAAAUUCACUGACUUGGAGUAGAUGAAUUUCAGAAGCCUAUCCUUCCCUGCCGUGAGAAAUCCAAAGCUUCACAUGUAAAUUGUCCGUAGAAACUGAACUCUGAUGGCUUGUUUUUCAGAAAUAAAUCAGAAGUCAAGAAAGGACUUGGCCUAAUUUAUAUUGCUUUGCACUUUUGUCUGACUUUAAAGAAAAAAAAACAUUCUCCAACGAAAUUUGGGUGCCAAACACAUGCCCAGAAUGUACAGAGCUUUGCUUUCCAGUCACCACUGUCCUUUAGGCGUUACUCAUGCCAGGUUCAGAGCCCGUUCUGUUCAUAGGAGUGUACGUUGGACUCUUACAAAUAUUUCUGAUUCGCUCAGUAAUAUUUUUGGAUGACAGUUUACUUGUUUCUGCACCAAUAAUUUCUUUUAAAUUAAAGGUUCCCUGUAAUUCAGGCUAGGUUAUCUGAACUAAUUGUAUAGCACUGUCUUUUCCUUUUCCCUGUGCUCUGUACUCCAGCCGUCCUGCACUCCCCGAUGUUUGCUCUAGUAAACCCUCCCCAUGUGUGCUUGCCUCAUUUCAGAUACUGUGUAAGCAUGUAGAUAUGAUGUACAUACAGAAACCUCUGGUGCCAGAGUCAGGAUUUCCUGACAGUACACACUAACACAGAACGUGGUAGCACUUGGCAGCAGGAUGUCCUGAGUGUGGCACUGGUGGGGACAUGAAUUACUUAGACAUUUUCUCUGCAAAAGGAGGUUUUCAGUAUUCAUUAGUUGGUUUUGGUUUCUUGGGGGGUUUUUUUGUUUUGUUUUGUUUGUUUGUUUUUUUUUUAAUGGGAACUACAUAUUUUAAAUGUAAUUUCUAAACUUUUUAAAAAUUAAAAACUGUUUAAUUUAUGUUCUGUAUCUUAUAUUUUUGUGCCGCGGUAUUUACAGAUGUCUGUCUUUAACACCAGCGGGUCCUCACAGACACCUGCUGAUGUCCUUUGGUAGCGUUAGUUUGGCUGCUCAGUGGAGAAGAUACCAUGGGCCAAAGUUACAUUUAUUUAUGUUUGGUUUGCAACGCUUCCUUACGGUGGAGUGGAGCUCCCUUCCGGUCUGGUUUCCGUGCUCAUUCCCGUGCUGGUUUUCCAUAACAAUCUGCUGUGACCACAUUGCGAUGUCCUGGUUCCUCCUCAUUAGCAUGGUUUUGUUAGAAACUCCAUAGUUUCUUAAGUUCUCAUAGUCUCCCCUCUAAUUUCUGUGGUUGUACAACUGCAUUUUCCUGAGGUCAGGAUGAGCCGUGGAUAAGUCAGGCGUGGAUGUUCAUCGGCCUCAGCCGUGUGGCUCCGCUGUCCCCCCGUGAGCCCGCCCGCUGUCCGGGGAGUUGUGCUGGCACAGAAAUGUCCUGUCGUUCCUCUGGCCAUGUGUAUGUCCUGUGUCUCUGUUGUCCUCUGGCAGCAUUUGUUGGUUUGCAUUCGCCCCGUUCCAGUCCCGGGUCAGGCCCAGGCGGUGCCGAGGCCGCUCCGGGGGGACCCUCCAUGACACCCUCUGGAGCACACGGAUGGCGAGGUGGUACCAGACCCCCCGGGAGUGCAGCUGGAGGUGUUCCCUCCCCCCUGCACGGGGAGAGUCAAACUCCCGUUUCCGUGUUCCUCCAGUGCCGUUUCCUUCAUCGCCGUGACCGAAUGCGCUGGAGUGUGGAAGAUCCAACGCUCUGGGUGUCCAUAAGAUCAUUUUUGGUAAGCUUGGCAGUAGUUCGUGCAAGUGUCUUACUUUCCCCUUCUCAUCUAACAGCUUUAAUAUUAAACUGGCUAAAAAGAGAAAUCUGUCGCAGCCCUGAAGAAAAAGGUAUUUGUUUCCGAAGAGCGGAGUCCUUUUGUUAAAAUGCAUGUGUAAGAUUUAAAUUCCUGUUUUUCCUUGGGAGAUAAUGGUAUUUGAACAUGCAGUCUAAACUUCUUUGUGCUUUGUGUAACAUAGCAGUGGACUUUUGUGAUUGGCACCCAAGGAACUCGACUCCUGGGAUUCAUGGUAGUGAUCCUGGCUGCACUCUGGACUUUGUUUUGCUAACCAUAAUUGAGCAACUGUACAUUACUGCGAUAUUAAUGUUUCAAAACACUGGGAUAGUCUAAUUCUAACUUGUAAUUAUGUUUGCCAAUUAUCUGUUUGGAAAGUUGGUGUAUGAACAGCUUCUUGAAACUGUUAAAUUGUACAGAUAUUGUUCAUGAUCUAAAGCUUUGUACUGUGGAAUGUGCUUAAUAAAAAAAAGUUUGAACUUAA